AUGACCUUCUAUUAUUAUAUUAUUCUAGACAAGACCGACUACCAGGCCAAGAUGCAGACCAUUUUAAGUGACAAGAAACAUUUUGUGAAACUUUCCAAUGACCCCACAGCGAAAUCUGAGCGUUGUCUCAAUGAACACCUCCGGCACCUAAAAAAGACGGGCCACCUCGACGAGUCUACAUACCGUCAUCUUUUCUCGUCCGACGGUUCCACUCCAAAGCUGUACGGCCUCCCCAAAGUACACAAACCAGAAUGCCCCUUGCGCCCUAUUGUGUCCUUCAUUGGUUCCCCAAUUUAUAACCUCGCCAAGCAGCUGGUUGACAUCAUCUCGCCCGUAACUGGAGCCAACGCCCUGACGGUUCGGAACUCUCGUGAGUUUGUGGAGCUGGUGCGUGAGCGCGUACUCGAGGAUGACGACGUGAUGGUGUCUUUCGACGUGGUGUCCCUUUUCACAAACGUUCCGACCACUCUCGCGACUGAGGGCUGCCCAAUGGGUAGCCCAGUGUCCGUGACACUGGCCAACUUGGUCAUGGAGCACGUGGAGGAAUCUGCACUAGAGCAAGCGCCCUGCCCCAUUAAAUUCUACCGACGGUACGUUGACGACACCUUUGUGAUUUUAAGCAGGGUUCACGUCGAUGCCUUCCAUUCGGUCCUAAACAGUGUUGAACCUUCUAUUCAGUUUACUUAUGAAAUCGAGAAAAACAACGUGCUUCCUUUUUUGGACGUAAAUGUACAUCACGACCAAGUAGGACAAAUCAAAACAACGGUCUACCGUAAGGCCUGCGACACUGGCAACUUCCUGGACUUUAAUUCCCACCACCCUACCGAACACAAGCGAGCCGUCGUCAGAACCCUGUUGGAUCGUGCUGAGCGUCUCGCCUCCGACUCUCAACUUCAAUCUUCAGAAGAGACCACCGUCAAUGAACUGCUUAGGAAACGAGGUUAUCCCCAGAAGUUUAUCGACGACACGCGCAGGCGUAGAGAAGACAGGCAGCCAAAAGAACCUUCCACACAUAAUGGGACCAUCUCAAUUCCCUACGUCAAAGGGGUUUCGGAGCGUAUUCGGCGCAUUCUACUACCUUUGGGGAUAAAGACUUGUUUCAAACCCCAUAUGAAACUUCGACACAUCAUUUCAAGGCCAAAAGAUCCCACCCCACCUGGAAGCGAAAGCGGUGUUGUUUAUAGGCUAUGUUGUUUGGAGUGCAAUGCCACGUACGUAGGUGAGACAGGCAGGAAACGGGACACCCGCGUUAAAGAACACAGACGAGACGUUGAAAAGGCGACCAACGCAACUAGGUCAAAGACCGAGCUCGUGGAUCAUUGCUGGACAACGGGACACGUGUUCGACUACAAGGGUGCCGUCACCUUGGCACGUGAACAGCGGUGGGGACCCAGAAAAUUCCUCGAAUCGUGGCACAUACAGAGGGAGCCAACAGCAUGUAAUGCCAACCGUGGCCCACUUCCUGGACUGUACUCUGGCCUCGGAAAACCCGUAAAUAGCAAGACCGGUUUUAGUGCUCCUCAUUCCCGUCCCUAG